AUUAUUUUCGGUAUCUGAUUUUUCCUCCUCAAAAGAUGACAAUGAUACAAAUACAUACUAAAAACGUUUGGCAUGAAACGUAUCCGUUAUCAAAUUCACAAAAAAUUCCAAUUUUGUUGUUUCUAAUUAUUACCCAAUUUGAUUACUUAGAAAAGAACAAUGAUUUCAUCGAAGCCAAUUAUGGUGAAAGAAUAUCGAAGUUUUUAUCAAAUAGGUUAGCUGAAAAGAUAUUUUUAGUAACAUAAUGAUAAUUUGAUAUGCAAUGAGUUUUGAGAUAAUACAUCCAAUCGAUAAUUUACCAAUACAACUAUCGAUCAAAUCCAACAAAAUCAAUCAGUAUUAUAAUUAGACAAAUCGACUGCAUCAUAUCGAAUUAUCCAUUAAUAAGAACAACUCUUCAUUACGUUCGAUGAUGAACAAUUUUUGCGAUCCAACCGUCAAUACACUACGAUGCCACAAAAUGUUGUUUGUGUGGGAUUAAUGGCGAAAGUGAAACUUCACUCACUCAUCAAUGAUUUUUCUCCCUAAAUUACCAUAACUGCUGGGAUUUUGAUUUUUUUUUUCCACUCCUUUUUUUUGUUGCUGUUUUUCUUCUUUCCUUUUCUCUUCCUCUUUAAAACAUUCUCUUCUCUUCUUUCUCUCAUUCUCCAUGCGAUUUCUUCACCUUCUCCGUCACUCCCGAGGCCUCACCAUUUCCUUCCUUUGUCAAACCUACCCCGUCGUCCUGAAUUCUCCGCGCAAUCGCAUUGCCCUUUCCGUUUGUUUCCCGGGAAAACAAUCAGCACCAGAACAGUAAACGGAGGGGGUUUUCCGCUUUCGGCGGCUAGUCGGGAGGAGCUGAAAAAGCUAACCUACUGCUGUGUUUCAGCUUCCAAAUUCGCCGGAAAGGUGCGUCUUCUAUGUCUUCAGUAACUUCCUCCUUCUUGGCGUUUUAUCUGGAUGUUUGCGAUCUCUGCUUGGUAGUUCCGUUUCGCAUCUCCGUGUUGUUGUUGAAAUCGAGAUGUGUAGAGUUCUACCCGGCGGCUGGAUUUCUGAUUCAGUUCUGCACUAGUUCCUGUUUUUUUUUUUUGCUACUGCUGAGCCGCCGCCGCCGGCGAGUGAUGGAUCUGCUUCUUCUCAGCUGGGACAAUGCACUCUGAUCUCUCGCGAUCGAUUCUCUGAGCUUCAGCUGGCGAUUCUGAUGGCAGAUCGAUAAAUCUUUCUGUUUGAUUUGCUUGCGUCUUCCCCCUGGAGGAUUGAGUUCUCCUCCCUGCUUGAUUUGCUUGGGGUUUUUCUUCACUCCUAAUCUACUCCGUUUAAAUUUGUUCAGAUGAGGUAUUUCGGUUUCCACUUGCGUUCGAGAGUUUCUUCUCUUUGCCUUUUCCGCUGGUAAAAAGAAUUGAUCUGUUAGGGUUUUAUUUAAUUUGCCGGAGUUCUCCGAUGGCGAUCCGGUUCAGGACUGUGUAGAUUUGCGUGUUCGUGUGGAAUUCUUUCUUUUUAUGGACCCUUUUCAUGAUCAAUCACUACUACUACUUAAAAAGAAGCCUUGAUUGAAUCUAAAAGAUUCAAAUCCGAAUGUCUUGAAUUCAGAUGGUGACUUUGUCUUGUGAAUGCAGAUACUCUGCUGCGGUAUCUUUUUCAAACACAACAUUCGAGCUCGUAGUCUCAUGAAGAGCGAUCUGUUGUGACUGAGGAAUUUCGUCGAGCAUCCAUAAAGGUUUUACGGGGUGUUAGAGAAGGAGUGAGAGAGGAUGUCUUCGCCAAGCAAAGCUGAUAAGAAGGCAUCUCUCGAUGCAGCUUCAUGGAUGUUCAAUGUCGUCACUUCUGUUGGAAUUAUCCUCGUCAAUAAAGCUCUCAUGGCUACCUAUGGCUUUAGCUUUGCAACAACACUAACCGGUCUCCAUUUUGCCACAACGACCUUGUUAACUCUUGUUCUAAGAUGGUUGGGAUACAUCCAGCCCUCUCAUUUACCAUUAGGAGACCUAUUGAAGUUUGUUUUCUUUGCAAACUUCUCCAUCGUUGGUAUGAACGUGAGUCUAAUGUGGAACUCGGUUGGAUUUUAUCAGAUAGCAAAGCUAAGCAUGAUCCCAGUCUCAUGUUUUCUGGAAGUUGUCUUGGAUAAGGUCCGAUAUUCAAGAGAUACCAAGCUAAGCAUCUUGGUAGUCCUUCUCGGUGUUGCUGUUUGCACUGUUACAGAUGUAAGCGUUAACGCUAAGGGGUUCAUAGCUGCCUUGAUAGCAGUUUGGAGCACUGCGCUGCAGCAAUAUUAUGUACACUAUCUGCAACGGAGGUACAAUCUAGGUUCUUUCAACUUGUUGGGGCAUACUGCUCCAGCUCAAGCUUCAUCUCUGCUGCUAGUGGGGCCCUUUGUGGACUACUUUUUGACGAGUAAACGAGUUGACGCUUAUCCAUUCAGUUUCACAUCUGUGGCGUUCAUAGUCCUGUCCUGCAGCAUCGCCGUCGGAACGAACCUGAGCCAGUUCAUCUGCAUCGGCAGGUUCACCGCCGUGUCAUUCCAAGUGCUGGGCCACAUGAAGACCAUCCUCGUCCUGAUCCUGGGAUUCAUCUUCUUCGGGAAAGACGGCCUGAACCUCCACGUCAUCUUCGGGAUGAUCAUCGCCGUGGCUGGGAUGGUCUGGUACGGCAACGCCUCUGCUAGGCCCGGAGGGAAAGAGCGCCGCAGUCUGUCCAUGAACGGCGGCAGCAAGGCCGAGAAGCACGAAGAUCCCGUGGAGGCCACCGAGGAAGCUGAAGAGAAGGUAUGAGAGGCGAGUUUCUCUCUUCCGUUCUCUGGUCUUAUGGAGGGAUCAACCAAACAGAAGGUUAUCUUUUUUUUUUUUUUUUGGGAAGAGGAAACGGAUUAUCUUUAUUACCACAGGUCACACAAGCUUUUGCCGCAUCUGUCUAUGAGUGAUCGAUUCUUUUUUUGUUGCUAUAGUAAUUUAUUUCUCUCUAUUGGGGGGAGGGAAAAAAGCUGUAAUUUUGUUCCACCCACUCGGAAAUUAUUACACACCAGUUUAUGAUUUCGGCAUGUAAUCUUUUGUCUCUCUGUUAUUUCCUUUUUACACAAAGCUAAUCGAAAUUUUCAGUAGCAUUCGUUUCUUCUAUGGUUUCAACUUGUUAUUUUCGACAUACUGCAUGUUGUGCUCUCUUCAUUGACUAGUCUAUGGUACUUGAUUCAACCGAUACGGGUAAUCGGUAAUAUGAAACGAUUCAAGGUAUGGUAACAAAUUCGCGUGAUAAUAAAUGAUGAAAUUCUAA